CUGAGUGGACUAAAGAUGGGGGAGCAAGGUAAUUGGCUGGAGGCUAACAGAGGAGACUGGGUGGCCAACUUGGAUUCCCAGACCCAGACAGGUGCAGCCAAGGGCCCUGGGGACGACAUCAUAGAGCAGGCCAGGACCAUAGGCGACAUAGUGGAGCCUGCAGUCCAUGAGGACCUGCUGAUAUCCGGUGUUGCUGGCGGGAGAGACUGGACCUCUAAAGCGGCUGGUCACAAACCCUGGCCCCGGAUCAGAACCAUGGAUCAGGAGCCGUCACUCUUCCUUCCUGUCUCAGAAUCAGGAUGGAACCUCGAGGGACAAAGACUCCACCAUCACGCAGAACACAACCAGUGGACAGGUGGACUGAACAACCUCAGUCCUGGUGGUCAUCAGAGAGACAGAGGCUCCAGUCAGGGAUCCAGUCUGAAGCCCAGACCCUUCUCUUCACAGUCUCAGUGCAGGGAUGGAGCAGGGCCUGGGGCUGAUAGAGAUCGACCCUCCUGUUCCUAUGAUACAAACAGCACAGUAUCCAUGAUGAAUAGAGAAUGUCACCCUGGACUUCAGCCUUCACAGAGAAUGGUGGGAGCCCCCCCUGGUGGUCUAUCAGCAAGUCUGUCUUCUCCUUCAGGGUCUUGUAUACUGCCUGGUGACUGGGUUCAUAGAAGGCCUGGACCUGGGUCUAGCCUUCCUCAGUUAUCACGGGGUUACCCCACCAAUACAGACAGGGUCAGGAUGGGUGUUCUCCACAAGAGGUACUUAGCCUAUAACACAGCACACAAUCCCAACAACACCCAAUCAAUGGCUAGAGGUCAAGAAGGGAGCUCAAAGAAUGACCACACGAGGGUGGUGGCUCCUGCUUCUACCUCCUCUGGUGUCAUUGGGUCACAACGUGGGAGGCCGAGCAUUAGGACGGACGCAGACAAGCCGUACGCCUGCCCCACGUGUGGGAAGCGCUUUGCUGAGGCGAACUAUGUGAAGAAGCACCAGAGGGUCCACACAGGGGUGAAACCCUUCAGCUGUACCCAGUGUCACAUGCGCUUCGCCCAGGCUGGUGACCUGAGGAGGCACCAGAGGGUCCACACAGGGGAGAAACCAUACAGCUGCCCCCAGUGUGAGAAGAGGUUUUCCCGCCAGUACCAACUGAAUGUGCACCAGAGGAUCCACACAGGGGAGAAAAUAUAUUAGUUCGCCUGUACGCACUGCGGGAAGAGGUUCUCAGAGAGGAGCUACCUCAGGAUACACCAGCAGAAAAACCAUUCCACUCUAUAACAUAGAAAGUAACCAUUCUACUUGAUAGCUUCUGAUGUUUAGAUCAAACUCUGUAUUAAAGACAAUUAUACAUUUUCAUUGAUGUCAACAGAAAAAAUCCACAGAUGCAUUUGGAAUAAUGAUCGUAACAGAUUUCAGUGUUGAAUAUUCUUAAGUAGAAUAUUGCAUCCAGAAAUGUUUUGAUAUACACGGUAUAAGGCACAUACAGUGCCUUCAGAAAGUAUUCAUACACCUUGACUUAUUCCACAUU